AAAUUAUUUUUAUUUCUUUGUUUCUAAGGGGAGCGGGGAGAAAGCGGAAAAAAAAAAUCUCCCCGGCCUCGAAUGGUGGUGCCGUGAGCCGGGCGGGGCCGGGCCGGGGGCGGCGGCCGGGAGGAUGAAGCGGCGGAGCGCGGACUGCAGUAAACUCCGGCGGCCGCUAAAGCGGAACCGCAUCACCGAGGGCAUCUACGGCAGUACCUUUCUGUACCUGAAAUUCCUGGUGGUGUGGGCACUAGUAUUGCUGGCAGACUUUGUCCUGGAGUUCAGAUUUGAAUAUCUGUGGCCGUUUUGGCUUUUCAUCAGGAGCGUUUACGAUUCGUUCAGAUACCAGGGUUUGGCCUUCUCAGUAUUUUUUGUUUGUGUAGCAUUCACAUCAAAUAUAAUAUGUCUGCUCUUCAUACCAAUACAAUGGCUAUUUUUUGCUGCCAGCACGUAUGUAUGGGUACAGUAUGUCUGGCACACAGAGCGGGGUGUGUGUUUGCCAACAGUAUCGCUUUGGAUACUUUUUGUUUAUAUCGAAGCAGCAAUUAGAUUUAAAGAUCUUAAAAACUUUCAUGUAGACCUUUGUCGUCCUUUUGCUGCACACUGUAUUGGCUAUCCUGUUGUGACUUUGGGCUUUGGCUUCAAAAGUUAUGUCAGCUACAAAAUGCGAUUAAGAAAACAAAAAGAAGUGCAGAAAGAGAAUGAAUUUUACAUGCAGCUUCUCCAGCAAGCUCUACCCCCGGAGCAACAGAUGCUACAAAGGCAAGAGAGAGAGGCAGAGGAAGCAGCCAAAGGAUUAUCUGAUAUGGAUUCCUCAGUACUUUUGCAACACAAUGGAGGCAUUCCAGCCAAUAAAAAAUUAUCCACAACGUUGCCGGAGCUAGAAUAUAGAGAAAAGGGGAAAGAAAAGGACAAGGAUGCCAAGAAACACAACCUUGGAAUAAAUAACAAUAUUUUACAACCAGUAGACUCUAAAAUACAAGAAAUUGAAUAUAUGGAAAACCAUAUCAAUAGUAAAAGAUUAAAUAAUGAUCUUGUUGGAAGUACAGAAAAUCUCUUAAAAGAGGACUCAUGCACUGCCUCAUCCAAAAAUUAUAAAAAUGCCAGUGGAGUUGUGAACUCCUCACCUCGCAGUCACAGUGCAACUAAUGGGAGCAUCCCUUCCUCAUCUACUAAAAAUGAGAAAAAACAGAAAUGCAGUAGCAAGAGCCCAAGCACACACAAGGACUUAAUGGAAAACUGUAUUCCUAAUAACCAGCUAAGCAAACCAGAUGCACUGGUAAGGUUGGAACAAGAUAUUAAAAAGUUAAAGGCUGACCUGCAGGCAAGCAGGCAAACUGAACAGGAGCUACGUAGUCAGAUCAGUUCUCUGACUAGCACGGAGCGGGGAAUUCGAUCUGAAAUUGGACAGCUCCGACAAGAAAAUGAGCUGCUUCAGAACAAAUUACAUAAUACCGUACAAAUGAAACAAAAAGACAAGCAAACCAUCAGCCAGUUGGAGAAAAAACUGAAAGCAGAGCAAGAGGCACGAGCCUUUGUAGAAAAACAGUUGAUGGAGGAAAAGAAAAGAAAGAAGUUGGAAGAAGCAACUGCUGCACGUGCUGUUGCAUUUGCUGCUGCUACCAGAGGAGAAUGCACUGAAACUUUACGGAAUCGUAUCAGAGAGCUGGAGACAGAAUGCAAGAAGCUAACAAUUGACAUAAAGCUGAAAGAAGACCAGAUACGAGAACUAGAAAUGAAAGUUCAGGAGCUGCGGAAAUACAAAGAAAAUGAGAAGGAUACUGAGGUGUUAAUGUCAGCACUUUCAGCCAUGCAAGAUAAAACACAGCACUUAGAGAACAGCCUGAGUGCAGAGACAAGAAUUAAGUUGGAUCUGUUCUCUGCAUUAGGAGAUGCAAAACGGCAGCUUGAGAUUGCCCAAGGGCAAAUCAUUCAAAAAGACCAAGAAAUCAAGGACCUAAAACAGAGGAUAGCAGAAGUUAUGGCUGUGAUGCCCAGCAUAACAUACAAUGCAGCCACCAGCACUCUGAGUCCUGUUUCCCCACAUUACUCUUCCAAAUUUGUGGAGACCAGCCCUUCUGGACUUGAUCCCAAUGCCUCCGUUUAUCAACCCUUGAAAAAAUGAAUGCCAACUUUUUGCCCAACAAUUUUGUCAGACCGAAGGCAUCGCACAGGAGUAUCUCUUGCAGUCAAGAUGAAAUUGUAUUGUGUGCGACUGUAUUUGUCAUUUAAAACAGAAAGGGGGGAAAAAAAGAACAUCAAUAUUUGACUAGAACUGCCCAUCGGUUUUUCUUGUAAAUUUUUAGAAAACCUCACGGAACUUUGCAAUUUAUUUUUCUUGGCCAAUGCAUUAAAAACAACUCUUGGUUUUCAAGUAGACGAUUUUGCCUUUUUAUGUACUCCUGCAUGGUUUCCUCUUGAAAAACACAGGGAUUUGCUUGAUUCUGAACCCUUUCUUUUUUUAUUUUUAAAUAAUCAAGCUAAUAUUGCAAAUCAGAAUCAUAAGGGAUAAUGAUGAAAAUUCUUCACUUUUUAGAGUGAAAGGGUUUAAAUAAUCUAACAAAGCUUUGAUUUAUAGCUGUAUUAAAUAAAGGUAUGUAAUGUUACAGAAAAUUUAAUUACCCCUCAAAGGACCAAACAAAUUUAAGAGGCAUCAUUUAAGGGAAAGAAUAAGUAGCAAGAAUAGAUGAUGUGAUGGUGGUGGUUGUGUGAAAUAUAAAUAUUCCCAUUGGUGGUUUUAGUCACUGAGAAUUGCUAACAGUCUUGUUCACAGUGCCUUGGGAGAAGACAUUUCAAGAGGAAACUUGAUAGUUAAGCUAUUUUUUCCCCCUUCACUGUCAUCUAGCUUAUAUAUCAAGCUCAUUACAGAGUCUACUGCAAAUUGUUCAUGGUAAUUUGGAUGUUCAUUACAAACCACGGUUACAUCUUCUGUUUAUUUGAUACAAAAUCAGCAGUGUUCUGUAACUUGCCUUGAUUAUAAUGCAUCAGAGAAGGCACAAUAUUAAUAUAGGAAGCGUUAUUGUGAAGGCAGAAUUGUGCAAUGUAUUGUAUACAAGAGAUUGCAAAGCAGGCUAAUAAAUUUGCAGUUCUGGGUUUUUUAA